CAUGAGUGUUCAUGUAAAAACGGCAUGAGGACUAAGGCGGCGGUCUACCGAGGGAUUCUGAGGAGUCGGAUUUCAGUGUCCGUGGGCCAGUGGAGACUCAGAAAGACCGUCUUUGUUCAAUUUAGUUCUGUGGGCACUCGACAGAGCGAGAGGGAGAGAGCGAGAGUGAGGAGGCAGAGGUGAACGAUUCGGGAGGAUAGUGGGAGGCAGUAAAGACUUCUGCUCUUAUAGUAUUUUCGUUCUCAUGGAAAAGUACUUCUGCUGUCACUAAACUCAUACAAAAUGAAAUUUUGUCGCGCUACGUUGUCCGUUGGCGUUCAUCUGAUCCUGGUAUAUCACGCUGUUUCUGCCGUCCAAGUGAUUGAAGAGCGAGGCUCUAAGUCUCACCUGGACCUGACUGAACUGAUUGGCGUGCCUCUCCCUCCGUCCGUCUCCUUCAUCUCUGGCUACGAGGGCCACCCCGCCUACAACUUUGGGCCCGACGCUAACAUCGGCCGUCUCACCAAAACCUUUGUGCCGGACUCUUUCUUCCGGGACUUUGCCAUCAUCGUCACCAUCAAUGCCACCAGUGCCCUGGGCGGCAUGCUCUUCGCCAUCACCGACGCCCAGCAGCGCGUGGUGCAGCUGGGCUUGGGCCUCACCCCGGUGGAGGACAAGACCCAGAGCAUCGUGCUCUACUACAGCGACCUGGGGGCCUCCCACGCACAGCCGGUGGCGUCCUUCAAAGUGCCCGAGAUGUUCUACAAGUGGACGCGCUUCACGCUGACCGUGCAGGACCAGGAGGUGCGCCUCUACAUGGACUGCGAGGAGUUCCACGUGGCCACCUUCCACCGGGGCCCGGAGCCGCUUCGCUUUGAGCCCAGCUCCGGCAUCUUUGUGGGCAACGCUGGCAGCACAGGCCUGGACAAGUUUAUGGGCUCCAUCCAGCAGCUGGUGAUUAAGCCGGACCCACGAGCAGCAGAGGAGCAGUGUGAGGACGACGACCCUUACGUGUCUGGUGAUGGCAGUGGUUUUGACGGCCUGGACGACAGAGAGGGUGAGGAGGAGAUGCAGAAGAGAGUGGAGGAGGAGCAGAAGCACACGUCCUCCAUGACUCAAGCGCCUGUGCUGGCCCCUCCAACAGUGGCCCCAGCAAUGGAGGACGACGAGCUGUCCGGCCACCUGGUCCCCACAGAGGAGACCUACCCCACACGGGAGGGGCUCCUGAGAGGGCAUGAUGCUGAAGAACUUGGAGAACGGUCAGGUGAUGGCCCAAUUGGACAAGGGCCGAAAGGGGAGCGGGGGGACCAAGGUCCGCCUGGCCGUCCUGGUGCUCCUGGGCCUCCUGGCCCUACCAGCACCUCCAGAGCAGGAGCAUCACCGCAGCCUGGACCAAGAGGGCCCCAGGGCCCGGCUGGGGUCCCAGGACCAUCGGGGAAGCCUGGGAGGGAUGGAUUGUCUGGUCGCAAAGGACAAGAUGGAUUGCCGGGCUUGAGGGGACCAACCGGGUUUCCAGGAUUACCUGGAGCCAAGGGGGACAAGGGUGAUCGUGGCGUGGGUUUGUAUGGACCACCCGGGCCACCCGGGCCACCAGGACCCCCCGGUCAACCAGCGCUUACCAGGACUUCUCAAUAUCCGGAUGCCAUUGAUGCAUAUGGCUCUGGGUUUGGAGACUUUGACAGUGAUACAGAAAUCAUCCGAGGUCCACCUGGGCCUCCCGGCCUACCAGGCCCUCCAGGUCCCCCAGGCACCCGUGGCCCAUUCGGCCCAUCUGAGAGCCUUCUGCCUGGGCCACCUGGCCUUCCUGGAAAAGAAGGGCCCAUGGGUAAGCCGGGCACUGCUGGUUAUGAUGGCUUCCCUGGCCCACGUGGUCCUAAAGGACUAAAGGGAGAUCAAGGAUUGCCAGGACUUCCUGGAUCAAAGGGUGACCCUGGCGAAUCUGGUGCAGCUGGCUCACCAGGGCCAAUGGGGCCGACGGGUGCUACCGGCCCACAGGGUCCACCAGGGCCGCCAGGUCCCCCUGGACCUUCAGGAAGUGGCUUUGCACUUGAGGACCUGGAAGGUUCAGCAAACGGAGGCUUCCUUGGCAAAGGAGUUUUGAGAGGACCCCAGGGUCAUCCUGGUCUUGCAGGUCCUCCAGGGCCACAGGGUCUACCUGGGCCGGUUGGACCACCUGGUUUGUCUGUAAAGGGAGAUCGCGGAGCACCAGGUCCAGAUGGCGAGUCUGGGGUAGCCGGCCUUCCUGGCAUGCGGGGGGUGAAAGGAGAUAAAGGAAGCCCAGGACCAAAGGGGGACCCAGGCCAAGAUGGACAGAGUUUCACUGGACCUCCAGGGUCCCCUGGCCCACCAGGGCCUACCAUCACCCUUCAGGAACUCCUGCUAAACGACACAGAGGGCAUACUUAACAUCUCAGAGAUCCGCGGACCCCCAGGGCCGAGGGGUCCCGAGGGUUUGCCUGGCAAAGCUGGAUUCCCUGGACCGAGGGGACCAAAGGGGGAUGUUGGAUUGGUUGGUGUCCAAGGACCCCCAGGUCUGAAGGGUGAGAAGGGGGAGCCCGGGGUCACCAUCGCCGCAGAUGGCUCUCUAAUGACGGGCAUGAGAGGCCCCAGAGGUCCAAAGGGAAUCAAGGGCGAGCGUGGCCUACUGGGAGAAGAGGGGGUCAUGGGACCUGUUGGACCACCUGGGCCAAAGGGCGAGUUUGGGAUUCCUGGUCGACCGGGUCGUCCUGGAAUGGUUGGAUUAAAAGGAGACAAGGGGGAUGCCGUUGCCCUCGUUGGUCUACCAGGCCCCCCUGGUCCUCCAGGAACUCCUGGGCUGCCCGGGCGCAUCCUGGGCCUGAAUGGGACAGUCUUUCCAGUCCCUCGUAGACCACACUGCAAAAGACCAGUUGGCGCCAGUGUGGAGGCAGUAUUAGGGGCGAGGACCAAGGGAGACAAAGGGGAAAUGGGCGUGGCAGGAACUCCAGGGACUCCAAUACCAGAUUACAUGCUCAUGAAAGGAAUUGUGGGUGAGAAAGGUGACAUCGGAAACACAGGUCAGAAAGGAGACCAAGGUGAGCCUGGUCCCCCAGGGCCUCCUGGACCACCGGGCAGAUCUGGCCUUGUGGGACCCAAAGGAGAUACCAUUGUUGGGCCCCCAGGUCACCCAGGUGCCCCUGGCCGGCCUGGUCAGCCUGGGUUUGGGAGGCCGGGGAGGCCAGGGCCCCCUGGUCCAUCUGGGCCUCCUGGAUCUUCUUCAGGCUAUGGCUCAGCUGUCAGCAUCCCUGGUCCACCUGGACCUCCUGGACUUCCAGGGAGCCCUGGCUACGGAGCAGCUGUGACGGUGUACAAGACUGGCCAGGUGCUGCUGAGGGAGACCCACCGAGCAGCCGAGGGCGCCAUGGCUUAUGUCUCGGACAAGGGCGAGCUCUACAUCAGAGCCCAGGGGGGCUGGAGGAAGAUCCAGCUCGGCGAGCUCAUCCCUAUCCCCACAGACAGUCACACGGCCGCCGUGUCUCAUGGCCUGAGCAGACCCGGCGACCGCAGCACACCCAGGCUACACAGCCAGGAGCUGACAAGCUACCUGCCAAGUCCCAAUGUUCUCCCACACACGGCAUAUUCUGUUCCUGGGCUGCGACUGGUGGCUCUGAACACGCCGGCCAUGGGAAACAUGCGGGGCAUCCGGGGGGCGGACUUCCAGUGCUACCAGCAGGCCCGCGCCCAGGGCCUGACCUCCACCUACCGGGCCUUCCUCUCCUCUCACCUGCAGGACCUGGCCACCAUCGUCAGGAAGGCUGACCGCUCCAACAUGCCCGUGGUCAACCUCAAGGGGGAGAUCUUAUUCAACAGCUGGCUGUCCAUGUUCUCUGGAGACGGGGGCGUGUAUAAUCCACAGAUCCCUAUCUACUCCUUUGAUGGGCGCGAUGUCAUGACAGAUCAGUCUUGGCCUCAUAAGCUGGUGUGGCACGGCUCCAGUACGGUGGGCAUCCGCAUGACCACCAACUACUGUGAGGCGUGGCGGGCGGGCGACGUGGCCGUGACGGGCCAGGCCUCGCUGCUCCAGACCGGCCGGCUGCUGGGCCAACACACCCGCAGCUGCUCCAACCACUUCAUCGUGCUCUGCAUCGAAAACAGCUACAUUCGCGACCCCCGGCGGAACUAAGGACCCUUACUACACCCCCCCCCCCACACACACACACACACACACUCCUAACCCCCUCACCUAAGUGCGUUUAUGUCUCCUCCUGGUUUCUUGUGUCCCUCCCUCCCUCUCUGAAUCACUCCCUCUCAGACAGUGUAGCUUCUGAGCUACAGUACACUGCAGAGGAGAACAUCAUCAUUUAGCUUGUCCCGCCCUCCUCCCCAGCCGGCCUUAAAUAACAUGUCCUCAGAGGAAGAUUCCAGAAGAAAAAUGGCACUGCUUCCCCCCCCCACCCGGUGAUUUUCUUUUUUUUUUUUUUGCCCUGAGGAGAAAAGAGGUGUAAAUAUGUGUAAAUUGCUUCCUGAUACCACACCAUCCAUCCAUAACACACAGUGGCCUGCUGACUGAUGGAAUGCCAAAGAAGUGAUACCUCAGCCAGAAAUCAAUCCACGCCGCCCCUGCCAGAUUCUGCCCACUCGCUCACUCACUGUAGUAGGGAUGCACUGAGGCUCUCACUACAGAGACCAGCUCUCGGGGGAGCAGCCCCAGCUAACGUCUUCUCCUUUAUUCGCCUGAGAGCGUAGUCUAGUGCAGCUUGAACUGCCUAUUCAACUUUACUCCCUGUGUUGAUCCUACUGCCCCACUGAAAACAAUUCACUGUCACAAUAACUUGGUGCAAACGCAUGUCAGUAUCUUAGAGUAAUCAAAUGCUUGAAAUGUUGUUUUGUUUGUUUGUUUGUUUUUUUUGUUUUGUUUUGUUUUUUCCAACGAGGGAACCAUGUGUUGCCUAAUCAGGUUUGAAGUCAUUUAGUUGCACUGUUUUGUUUUUUAUUUUGUCUUUACUCCACACUUGCGAUGGCUUUGUGUCCUGGACUAUGUUUUCUCAAAAGUCUCUGUUGCAAGCAACACAGCAUCAUAGUAUUUAAAUUCAAUUCCUUUUGUCCUUAUUGUUGUUAUUUAUAUUGUAACAGCACAUCGUCAUAAAAUCUAGACACACUGAGUUGAGAUAUCCGCUCUCUUAAACAAACUGACAUGGUUCGUCCCAUAUCGUUAGUGUGGUGCAAACAGUUUUUGGUAGAAUAUGUGGUGCUCUUUGAUAUAAAUGUCUUUAGAACAUGUCCAGAGAACACAUUUGAAGAACUUUGAUUUGAGGAGUGAAUCUGUAGCUUUUAGUAAAGAACUGAUCGACUUUGACACAAAUGCAGUAAAUAUGAACAACAUGGUAGUAUGCGCAUUUGACAGGUGCUCACUGA